AUGUACCUGAUCACUGUGUUUGGAAAUCUGCUCCUCAUCCUCGCUGUCAGCUCUGACUCCCACCUCCACACUCCCAUGUACUUCUUCUUGGCCAACCUGUCCUUUGCAGACAUCUGUUUCACCUCCACCACUGUCCCCAAGAUGCUGAUAAACAUCCAGACACAGAACAAAGUGAUCACAUAUGAAGGCUGCCUCAUCCAGAUGUAUUUUUUCCUACUCUUUUCAGGAUUAGAUGUCUUUCUCCUGACUGUAAUGGCUUAUGACCGCUUUGUGGCCAUCUGUCACCCCCUCCAGUACAUGGUCAUCAUGAACCCCUGGCUCUGUGGACUGCUGGUUCUAGUGACUUGGGGCACAAUUGUCUCCUUAUUUUACUGUACAAGCCUAGGAUUGUACUUUAGUUCUGCUGCUACCCAAAGCUCCCACUCAGGUGCAGUAGCCUCAGUGAUGUACACUGUGGUCACACCUAUGCUGAACCCCUUCAUCUACAGCCUGAGGAACAAAGACAUAAAGAAGGCUCUGAUGAGAUUCUUAGGGAUUGCAGCUCUAAAAGGGUAA